AAUUAUUCCAUUGCUGUUGAUAUAAACGCCACUCUCUUCUUUCACGCAAAAAUGCCGGGGAAACUCACGUGGAUCGGUCGUGUUGAAUCGGAUUUAGCGUGCUGCAGUCGGUACGUGCUUCCACAGUUAACUGGCCUCUUGAUAAAUCCGCGAGCAAUAACAUCAUACAUAUCGGACACGUGCGUAUGCGGGGCAUUCACGCCGCGGCCACGUGUCGCGCGACAUGCUAUGCGAGAUUCCACGGUGGCGUGCAUUUUUUUUUCAUAAAUAAAACGGCACGCGUACACCGUGCGAACGAAUUGUGUAACAAUUCACCACCUGAUUCAGCGACACGGUCGUCCCACAAUCGAGGCACGUAGCGGCCAGAACGUGCGCGCCGCGGUGUCUCGAUCUUCAUUAUUAGCUUACUCUCGCGUAAUAUAAAAUUGUACAAUAACAUUUCACGGCGCGGAGAUGACGAGCUCGUUUCGCGACUGACAUUUCGUGCGAGAGACCGGGAGGGCUGAGUAAGAAUAGAAAUGGGAACUGUAUUUAUAGCCCGCGUCUCAUCGCUCGCUUAUCGUCCCCCGUUCAUGGGCCUGCAAAGUGAACUGCUAUCUCUCGUCAAUGGCUGCGUUCAGCAGACAAGACUGCUCAGUGAGCGGUCACUAAUGGGGUUGCGUUUUUAGAUCUAGAGGAAUAAUUCUGUCACAGUACAGGCCUAAAAGAAUAAUCCAAUCGAUGUGAAGUGCUCACUGAACAGCUUCCUCCGUUGAACGCAGCUAAUGGUCGCGCUCGAUCGGCGCCUCCACCGCGAUAGCGAUUCGACCGCGGAAUACAGAAUAGGGAAGACUAUCUAGGUCGGAAAUCGGGGUAGACUCGGUUAAGGGGACGCUGGAGUGAUUUUGCACUUUUUGCAUCUAUAAGAACUGUCGAUUCACGAAAACAUUUGUGUAAUAUACCAUUCCCAUAACCGCAGCGCUCGCGACCCAACGAGAGCCUCGCGCACAGCUGAUCCACUUGUUUGCGACCAGCGAGUCGCGGGUGUACCGACACGGUGUGAACAUAACAUUGCGCCGUUAACGACGCGGCCGGAUCUGCGUCGAAGAUCGGCCUCGGAGGCAAACUUCGAUCGCCUCCGAGCGAGAAAUAUUGGUGAAUUGCCGACGAGCACGGCGAUGAUUAUAAGGCACUUACAUAUAAGGCGAUUGACGAUCCCCGGUUGCGUUAGUCCGCGACCGAACGUCGACGCGUCGACAUCUUCCUCCGUCUCUCCGCGAAGUGACUCUCGAGCGCGCGUGUCGCACCAUCGCGUGCUAUCUCCGAAUUUAAUUUCGCACUCCUCUCCUCCGCGGUCACGCGUCGCCGCCGCUUCCCAAAAUCACGGCCGAUUCUCGAUAAAUCGGCUACUACUUGUCGCACUCGGGACAAAGAGAGAGAGACGUAUCGAGAGAUAAUCGAAGGUGGAGGUGAGAGACCUUUUCCCUCGCACGGAGGAAAGGCGGAGCGCACCUUGGAGACUCGCGUUUUCUCCCGCCUAACUCGCGGCACCGGUGCGUCGCGGGCGGCCCGCGGGAACUGGGUGCCCCUGUGCGAAAGUUGAGUGAACUCUGCCGUUCCGCGACACUUGCAAGUUGCAACGAGUCGACCCGAGGCUCCCCUGCACCGCGAGGGAAAGCUUCGCUUCCGCUGCAGCCGCGGCGCAUCGCUCGGCCCUAUUUGCGUGCGCGCGUCAAGGUUGAGGACGCGCCGGAAAGAGAGCCAAGGUUACACGGGGAGAUGCGGCCUCGCUGUUGGAGCUGAGACCACCCCGCCGGCUGCGAAAGUUCGUGGGCCCGCAUCCGAAGUCGAUCACGAAAAAGUAAGGAUCACACUCGCAUCAGGAUCAUCACCCGCGCGCGCCAUCACCCUCGUAUCCCUCGCUCGAAAAAAAAUAGAUAAAAAACGGAGCACGAGAGACACUCUCGAAUCGAGCCGGGUCUAAGCAAAAAAAAUCAAAUCUAAAAGCUAAAAGAAACGAAAAAUUCGAACAACAGAGGAACAAAACGGGGGAGAAACGUUUAACGAAGAAAGCAGAGUUGCUAGAUCAAGAGUGAAAGAGGAGGAGAGAGAAGGAAAAGCGAAAAAAACGUUAAAAAAGGACAAAAACAAGAAAAACGCGUGCGAUCGUAACGCCGAGGAGAUCGGCUUUUCGGUUCUCGGUAAGAAAGCAGAGAGGGGAAAGUCGGAGAGAAAGACGCCGUUAAAAAUCUGACUUUCGGUACACGCGUGCUGUCGGUCUCUUUUUUCUCGUUUUUCAUCUCGCGCUAUUUUCCCUGAUAAAACCUCAAGAGAAAGAGUGAUGCGCGCGUGCUUCUCCGCGCGUGCCUGUGUAGCGUAAAAUCGAAUCGCGAAUACGUACGAUCGACACGGCGACGUGAGGAGACAAAAAGGAAGGAGGAGAGGGUAGAUCGUACACGCACGCACGUAAAGUAGUACGAAACCGAGAGAAUAAAAGGGACGGAGGGGCACCGAAAACCGGUAGUCGAGAGCGAAAGAAAUGGCCAUGGUUUCGACAUGCUCCGUUUUGAUGUUUCGUCCUGUGGUGCACGCUGCGCUCUUCACGUUCCUCGUCGUUCUUCCGAGCACUGCUAUCGCGGAUAACACGGGCACGACGAAACCGCCCCCGUGUUCAAGUGAGGUAUACUGCCACGGCGAGCUGCUGCACACGAUACAAAUGGCCGGCAUAUACAAGGACUCCAAGUACUUCGUUGACAUGAAGAUGAAGCGGCCGGCGAACGAGACGCUGGCGUCGUUCCAGGCCUUCAUGAAGAGCAUGAACCACGCGCCGAACAAGCACCAGGUGGAGAAGUUCGUCAACGACACGUUCGAGAUGCCCGGCCACGAGUUCGAGGACUGGGACCCGGCCGACUGGACGGCCACUCCCAAGUUCCUGCAGAACAUCGAGGACGACGAGCUGCGGAAGUUCGGCUCCGAUCUCAAUCACAUCUGGAAGCUGCUGGGCAGGAAGAUGCGGGACGACGUGAGGAUCAACGAGCAGCUCUACUCGAUCAUCUACGUGCCGCAUCCGGUGAUCGUGCCCGGCGGGCGGUUCCGCGAGUUCUACUACUGGGACUCGUACUGGAUCAUCAAGGGCCUGCUGCUGUCCGAGAUGCACAGCACCGUCAAGGGCAUGCUGGACAACUUCGUCUCGAUAGUCGACAAGAUCGGUUUCAUACCGAACGGCGGUAGGAUCUACUACGCGAUGCGCUCGCAUCCGCCGCUGUUGAUACCCAUGGUGGACGAGUACCUCAAGACCACCCGCGACGACGCCUGGCUGAAGGAGAACUUCUGGCUGCUGGAGAAGGAAUUCAACUUCUGGCUGACCAACCGCACCGUGGACAUCGAGAAGGACGGGAUCAACUACACGCUCGCCAGGUACUACGAGGAGUCGUCGGGUCCCCGGCCGGAAUCUUACAAGGAGGACUAUCUGACGAGCCAAGGUUUUCGAACCGCCGAAGAGAAGGACAAUUAUUAUUCGGAAUUGAAAACGGCGGCCGAGUCCGGAUGGGACUUUUCCAGUCGAUGGUUCAUAAACGAGGGUACCAACAAGGGUAAUCUGACAAAUCUCAAGACCAGAUCUAUAAUCCCGGUCGAUCUGAAUACCAUAAUACAUCGAAACGCCGUGCUGCUGGCGCAGUACAGUCGUCAGAUGGGCAACGAGACGAAGGCCGCGUAUUAUGACGAUCUGGCUGAGAAAUGGAAGGAGGCGAUCAAGAUGGUGUUGUGGCACGAGGAGGUGGGUACCUGGUUGGACUACGACAUGCUGAACGACAUCAAGCGGGACUACUUCUAUCCGACUAACAUCCUGCCACUCUGGACGGACUGCUACGAUACCUCGAAGAGGACCGAGUACGUGUCGAAGGUGCUCAAGUACCUCGAGAAGAAUCAGAUCAUGUUGAAUCAGGGCGGUAUACCGACGACGUUGGAACACUCCGGCGAACAGUGGGACUAUCCCAACGCCUGGCCGCCUCUCCAGUAUUUCUUCGUCAUGUCGUUGAACAACACGGGCGAUCCAUGGGCCCAGAGAUUGGCCUACGAGAUCAGCCAGAGAUGGGUCCGUAGUAACUAUAAGGCUUUCAACGAGACGCACAGCAUGUACGAAAAGUACGACGCGACCGUCUCAGGUGGCCACGGUACUGGAGGUGAGUACGAAGUACAACUUGGUUUCGGCUGGUCGAACGGGGUCAUUAUGGUAUUGCUGGAUGAGUAUGGUGACAGGUUGACCGCGGAGGAUUACUUCUCACCGGACGCCGUGGUCGAGAAUGCGGCAUCGCCGCCGGUUGUUUCGACAGCUGGUCAAAUGCUGACCGGGCUUCUAGCUCUUAUCAUAUCAUUAGCAGCAGGAUUUAUAGGGAUGGUCAUGUACAAGAGGCGGCAUUAUUACGCGCCCGGUCCGUCGACGUUGCCGAACAAGAGGAAGGUGCUGUCGAGCGGUAGCAAUCUGUACCGGAAGCGGAUUGCGUACACCGAGCUGAAGGACAUGAACAACGAUUGAUGACCGCUCGUUGUCUAGACCGAAUAUCGAUUUGUUACAUGACUAGUGAAAGCAAAAGAAGCAGAGAGAAAAGCGCGGCCGGCAAGAAGCACCAGGAUGGAAUCGGAGUGUCGGAUGAAGAGACGUUCCGCUGGUUGCACGCCAGCGCGGGGGAAUAAUACGCUCGCAGAAGGAGAAGAAGAGCGGAAUAUUAAACAAGGAUGGAAGAGCGUCUGGUGAAAGAAUGCAGAUGCGUUCGAGGAUGGAAUGGCGUGACACCGCUUCGGCAAGGUCUUCCAGCUUGCAAAACCAAACAGUGACAGGAUUGACGAUCGCGCAGGAUCCUGGAGGCAUGACCUGAGAAUUAAGUACUUGAUUCUGGCUGCGUUUGGUUCAAUGCAGAUUCAAGAUAAAGAAGAAACAGGAGUAGAUUAAUAUGUAAAAAGAAAAUAGGAUAAAAAGAGAGUGUACGUACGUAUGUAUAUGUGCGUUAUGUAGGCACGUGGAACGGCCUACUAACGAUAGCUGGAUUUAGUCUUAAUUUAGUGGAAUAUCAGACGAAAGAAUGUAAUGAAGUUUAUCGUAAAUUUAUCAUUAUUUAUUGAAUUCACCGAGACGGAAGGGAUAGUCGCGCAGGUGCUCGACAGUGCCUCUUAGAGCAGGACUCGUUUGAAGGAAGAAAAGACUUGCUUUACUAGGUUCGAUAUUACAUUUCAUACGCUGUUUUUCGGGCUAAGAUUAUCUUUAAGGAUAAUUUUUUCACAAGUGUGAAAAAAAUCGAUCAAACGACCAUUGAAACAAAGUUAAACCCUACUGUGCCGUUCAGAAGAGUAUAACGACGAUUAAUUCUGCACAAUGUUACGUAUAUCUUGAAUAACUUUUUUUUUCGCGGCGUGAAAAGUGCGUUUUUAUGAGUAUUAACGCUGUAAUGACUCACGAGAGGCGAUUUUAUAACGAGGUAUUUUAUAAUAACAGAUACUGAUUGACAGAAAAUGAAAACAGUGGCAAAAACGAAGACGAUGGACUCUGCUAUUCGCGGAUACAGAUAACUAAUGCGUGCGUGUAAAUCUGGGAGAAUGACGCGUAUGCAUGCAGUUUAUAGAGUGCGACAUGUCACGUGUGACAGAAAAUCACAAAAUCAAGUAUAACUAAGUAUAUAUAUAUUGUAUAUAUAAUUAUUGUAUAUGAUAUUAAUUAUAUAUAUUAUAUAUAUAGAUUUUAUUAUAUAUAUAUAUAAUUUAGAUAACUGUAGAUAAUGGAUAAUUGCCAACACUACAGAUAAAUUAUUGAGAGAAUGUUGUAUUUUUGCUGAUAUUUUUAUACGUGAGCGAGCACGUUUAUCUCGCGUAACUAGCGAUCGAUUCACGGGCGUCCGUUCUGUUAAAAAUCUAUAACGCCGUUGUACGACAAUUUAUCGGCAUCCUUAGUCGUUCGCGAUUAGAGUGACUUCGCGAUGUAUAAGAGAUUGAAAGUUCCUUUGCCAAUCUUAUGACAGAGUUUUCACAGCGCUCAAUUAGUUUUUAUUCAGCCAGCUCUAGCAACUCCAUGAUUUCUCGUGGUAUUUAUAUUUUGUUUAGCGUAAGAAAUAAGGCUGCUAAGUAGAAUUAUUCUAGGGCUGUCGCGGAAGAGCUAAGAGUGUACAUUUUACGUUCGUGUGUGUAACUUUGCUCUCUCGUUACGUAUUACUAAGCGCGAACGCGAUGACUCGAAACGAUAAUUUUCGCACGGCGGUAGGGCGUUUCUCGAUGACGUUGCGGAUAUCGCGGUCUCAAAUGUACAGACGAAUAUUGGGUGAUAUACAUAUACAUAUGCAUAUACAAAUCUUAUUUCUGGCCAGUGUGUGAUACGAAAGUACCUGGUAUCUUUUUCUUCGCGACGUCUUCGAGAAAGCCUCUGACGGAUUGUACGGGACUUCUCACUUGUUCCACACACUGUAUGACUUAAGUUAAUUGUAAAUAGUUAUUCAUACACGUUAACGCAUAGGGAUGAGAACACGUGGGAGAAUAUCUGACUAGUGUCGUGUGUAAGUCGUAAGAAAAAUUCGAUCUAUUGACAAGAAAAGACCUCUUUCCUACUUCUUUUACGUAUUCUUUUUAUGAUAGAUUUUUAGAAAUUACAUCAAGAAAUAAUUAUCUCUGUAUUACUUGCAUAUAAAUAAGAACAGAGAGUCCGUUAGAUUCCUCAGAUUGUUAAAUUGCCGUACGCGACGCAUUUAACGGAGCGCCCGGGGCAAACGAAACGGGGAUAAUUAAACGAAGAUGCAUUCGAUUUAACAAUCUUUUGGAAAAUAAAGUCGUCGGUUUCGUUAUAAUAUAAAUAGAGCGUUUGGCGUCGUGCUUGCUAUGAUCCUUGCUCUUGUUGCCGUCUGCUUAUUUUUAGACUAUUGCGGCCGCAAUACGUACAUGGAUCAUGCGGCGCGUAGUGCCAAGAGAUACGACAAAUCGGCGAAUCUAGGGUGAAUAAUAUUACGUAAGAAUUAAUCGGCUGAAAAUAUUCUAAAACGUACAGCCGCAAGAUUUAGAAUUUAGAUUUUUAUUUAGUAUUAUUAUAUUUAGUACACAUUUCUGUAGAUAAUUCAUUCGAAUGUAUUGAUAUCGCCAGAUCUUGAUCUCGAAUGAAUCUUUGUUUAGAUAGCAGAAAAAAAAAUAAUUAGAGAAAGAUAUCUUUAUCGUUGAGUGUUAGCGUGUAUCAUUUUUCGCCAUAAGUACGCUCUGUAAAUAGUUCCUUUCUGUCUUUUUUCAGAUUUGUAAUUAGAACUCUUAUACUAAUUGCGCAAUCUUUUGCAUCAAAUUGUUUUACAACUCGAUUUUUAUCCAUUUCGCAUUUGUACAUAAUUAUACAAUAUUAAAAGAGCAUUAGAAGGGACUCUGACAUAUGAAAUGUCAUGGAAUUGCAAUCGUCUGAAAAUUUAUUGUGUCGCAAUAUAUCUAUGUCAUCAAAAACAAAGUUAUUUGAUGCAACGGAAUGCAUGUUCUGAAUCGCCAAUUUGUGAUUACGACGAAUUUAUCUCUUCUUUCCCGCGAAAAGAAAGAGAAAGAGCGACUGUCUCGGCCUCGUCAGAGCAAGAAUGUCUGAGGGACUAAAUUCGACGAUACUUCAUGUGCUAUUAUCCUUCCUACGAUUGUUCGGAAGCUGAGACGCGAUGCCAAUGAUGCCAUAGCGACGCGGUUGCAUGUAAUAAAGUUUUACACGAAUACCGACUAGAUAUAAGCGGAGAGAUCGAUUUGUUAAACUUUGUACGACGGUGAUUUUGUGAAUCGCGCGCGUCCGGCGUUCGUUGUAACGAGGAUCGAAUUGCAAAUAAACUAUAUAUCUCGUAUUAGAGAUAUGCUACCUCAAAGGGAGCGUUUCUAUAUUUCAAUACGUAUACGAGUAGGUACGUGUACGUGCGGCGAAAUUUGCAUCACGAAAAAGAAAGUGUAAUUGGUAAACUGGAUUCUCCUCCAAUUGUGAGGAAUAAAACUGUCGAGGGCCUUCUGCAUCUAGAUUUCUUAUUCACACAAUCCGGCAUUAAGAAAUGAUGUGACUGUUCUUUAAUUAGUGGGUAAUCAUUGACGAUAGUAUAUUAAUAUUAGUAGAGAACGUGCGAAAGAGCGAAUUAAGGUUCUAUUCAAAACGUGGCUUGAACACGUGAAAGCAUGUUGCCUGGAAAACGCGCAUGAUAUAUUUUUCACAGAUUUCCAGGAGAAUUAUCAGGCCAAUAUCUCGCUCUUUCGCCAUAAAAAAAUUAAUUUUGCAAAUACGUAAAAUUUUAAUAUAUUAAGAGAAUAAUUCUUCUCCCUUUGACAUUCUUUUUAAUCUUUUGCUAAUCAAGCAAUUUUACUCGUUCUUAUAAAAACGAAUUAUUGAAUUAAAGAUUCGAUUGUUAUAUGUUACGUAAAGAGGAUGCGAAUUUCAGUCGCGUGUUGAACAUGAGCGAUCAACAAGUCUUCGAAAGUAAGGAUUGUAGCAUAUAUGUAUUAUAUAUAUGUACACUUGAAUAAUUGUGAUACUUAGAAAUAAGUAGGUACGUUUUUGCUGAA